UGGACUACAGGGCGAAGGACUUUUGUGAAGAAACCAGCUUCAGUGAACCGUUCGAGACGAUCAGUCUGCUGAACAUGGACUUUCUUCAGAUCAACGGACACUUUACGGCGGCCCAUCCGCCGUCGUCCUGCUCGACCAGAAGUUGUAGUUUGGCAGCGACUCCGGUCCCACCGGAUGAGGUUCACUCGGAUGGCGAGGUCGUCCCGGACAGCCCAAGGCCGCCCCGUCGAUGCUCCCUGCCGGCGGCGCACCAGUUCGAGAGCGGUGGCCGUGCAACGCCCGUCUUCACCUGGAACCCGAUGCCGACGUGUCGGAACGUGGUCUAUGCGCGAACCGAGCAAAACCAACAGAUUGUGUUUUCGCAGCUCGAGCAGGAGGUGGAAACGGAGACGAGCGUUUCAGACCUGUCCGCCUCGGCCUCGGAGGGUGAGGAAUCGGAGGACCGGCCGGGACACGGACCGGCGGACGUAGAGCAGUCCGACGGAGGAAUGCCUGCCAAGGGCAUCUAUCCCAACUGUGACGUGAGCGUGUGGUUGCGCUCCUGUGAACAGGAGAUUAUCGAACCCAUCGAGGGGACCGUCAAGGGCAGUGUGCCUGCGUGGCUGAAUGGAAGUCUGCUUCGCAACGGUCCGGGCAGUCUGAAGGUUGGCGACAUGAUGUUCAAUCACCUGUUCGACAGUUCGGCUCUGCUGCACCGGUUCAACAUCGCCAACGGGAAGAUCACGUACCAGUGUCGGUUUCUUAAGUCGGACGCCUACAAGAAGAACAACGCCGCACGGCGAAUCGUGGUAAGCGAGUUCGGUACCAGCGCCGUUCCCGAUCCGUGCCACACCAUUUUCGACAGGAUUGCGGCGAUCUUCAACAAGCCGGGUGAGAACAACUCGGACAAUGCGAUGAUCUCGAUCUACCCGUUUGGUGAUGAGUUCUUUGCGUUCACCGAGAGUCCCAUCAUUCACCGGAUCGAUCCGGAAACGCUCGACACGGAGGCGAAACUGAAUGUGUCUGACUACGUGGGUAUUGUGAACCACACGUCGCAUCCGCACGUCAUGUCCGACGGGACGGUCUACAAUCUGGGGUGCUCGGUGACGCGAACCGGGCCGGCUUACACCAUCAUCUGCUUCCCGCACGGGGAGAGAAUGUUCGAGAACGCGCGGAUUGUCGCCUCGGUUCCGGCCCGCUGGAGGUUUCAUCCGGGGUACAUGCACACGUUCGGCAUCACGGAUAAUUACUUCGUGAUUGUCGAGCAGCCACUGAGCGUGUCGGUCCCGUCGAUGGUGGUCAGCCAGCUGCGGAACAAACCGAUGGCGGCCUCGCUCAAGUGGUUCGCCAACCAGCAGACCCACAUUUACCUGCUCGAUCGCGACACGGGUGAACUGAGGCACACGUUCCACAGCGAUCCGUUCUUCUACCUUCACAUCAUCAACCAGUACGAGCAGGAUGAUCAUCUGGUGCUGGACGUCUGCUGCUACAAGGACCCGGCCAUGCUAAAUUGUAUGUACGUUGAUACGAUGCGCAACAUGCAGAGCAAUCCGGACUAUGCCCGAAUGUUCCGCGGGCGGCCACUGCGUUUCGUGUUGCCACUGCACUGCGCCGGGAAGCUGAAGAAGCGCAACAGCCACCUCACCAAGACGGCCAGCGUGGAUGACGCUUCGUGGGCCGAUAUGUGGCAGACCAUAGGGGGCGCGGACCCAGGUCAACAGUGCCGCGAGUCCUGCGCGGCCCAGGAACUGGUGCUACAGAACCUGGUGCGACUCGCCGGUGCCAAAGCGACGGCCUACAUCAUGCCGAACCGUACGAUCUUCUGCAAACCCGAACUGCUGUGCGAUCUGGGCUGCGAGACACCGCGCAUCCACUACGAACGGCACCUUGGCCGCCCGUAUCGGUACUUUUACGCCAUCAGCUCCGACGUGGACGCCAGCAACCCGGGCACGCUGAUCAAGGUGGAUGUGGUGGGCAAGAGCCGGCUCACGUGGUGCGAACCGAACGUGUAUCCGAGCGAACCGAUCUUUGUGCCGGCCGCCGACCCACAGACCGAGGACGAUGGCGUCGUGCUGGCGGCCAUGGUUUGGGGUCGUGAGGAAGAAAACCGCGUUGGGUUGCUGGUGCUGGACGCCAAAACCUUUACCGAGCUGGGCCGCAGUGAGUUCACGACACCGGGCCCGGUACCCAAGUGUCUGCACGGCUGGUUUCAACCCGCGGCCAACUGAGCACCGAAGCCCCAUCUCCUGGUGUUCCAGGGCCAUUGCUACGUACCGGGCCUAAGGAACACUCGCUGCAAAUAAAACGCCGGCUCCGGACGUGCUUAGGUGCAUGUCAAUGCACCGCCGAGAGGUUAUGCUGAUAGCAUGGAAGCCGCCGUUAGAAAUGCACCACCCUCGGUGGCCCGAUCCGUUCGGUGACCGCAAAAGUUGCGUGUAGAUAACGAUCCCGCCGGGAUGCGGAUCACGAGAUCACUUGGAAAACGCGUGCUCAGCGAUGCGUUCCGUUCCGCACAAUUGACCUUCUCUGCCGAGACGAGAUAUGGGAGAACCGGACGAGGCCGCCGCAAUCGCCCGGAGUUAAUCCCGCGCGGCACAGCCACAAGUGUCGAUCGGACAGCCGGCGGGCAGGCAGCUGUAAUAACAUUGUAACAUUGUGCCGCACCACAGGGCGAUAGGGCGACACCGCUAAGUCCGGAACGGAUGGCUCCCGCGGCGUAGCCAGUGCACUUUGCACGGGAGGCUUUCCGAGAACACUGGGUCAGGCGCCCUGCCAAGCGGGCCAGAUAAGCCCCGGACACGAUCGACUUCGCGUGCCCCACUUGAUGCAAGAAAGUGAACGGCUAUCUGGGGGGCCCAUCGGGAAGAUCUUGAUCGGCAGAUGGCUGCACGGCGGGCAAAGGGAAACCAAACAAUCGGACCCCUGGCCGUCAGAUGGCAUGGACGAUUAGGCAAUGUCCCCACGUUAGAACGGUUGCGAGGUUAAGAGUACACACCCGGAAGUUAUUCGGCACAUUUUAUGAGGUGUUU